AUGGAGAGAGACUUGAAAAGAGAUGAAAUGGACGUGGCACGAGAGGAAGCAUUUGUUAUUCAACAGCAAAAGGCACAAGAAAAAGACAUAGAGGAUAGAGAGAUGAAAAUCAUGGCCAUGGAUACGAGCCAUAUGUCUCCCGAAACAAAGGCCUAUUGGAAGCUACGACGAAGAGAUGUGAUGAGAAGAAAACUUUUCCAUGACGACGGACCUAGCAAUACGGAUUGGUUAAAUGAUGAAAACCAUUAG